AUGAGGAGAGCAGAGCAUCGCCCGCGUCGUCUUGACGAUACACACCGGUUGAAGACCUACCACAGCGAUCGCGACUUCCCACUUGGCCCUGCCACUGCCCCGCUCGGUUCGCCAAGAGAAACCCGAAGCCACGUCGGCAGGGUCGAGAGAGAUCGUGAGCGCGAGCGAGAAAGGGAACGAAACCGCGAGCGUCCAAAGCCACGUCUUUUCGAGUCAGCUUCGACUAUUUCAUCGCAUUACCCUUCUUCUCGUUGUCGACAGGACAGUUUCGAGCACGUUCACAGGCAUGGGCGCACGCGAUCGCUUUCGGUGCCUCGGUCUUUCUCUCCGCCGCCCUCCGAUGAUGAAACAUCAGCACAGGAUUCGGAUGACCAAACGCGCAGGCUGAAAGCCAGACAGACGCCGAAGCCGAAGACCAGAGAUCGAGAGCAUUAUCCCUCUGGCCAUCGUCCAUCGCUUCAGUAUUACAAGAACGACCAAGCCAGUUGGUCAAGUCCGAGGCUAGCUGUAUGGCCGAAUGCCAGUUCAAGAGCACCAUCAAAGUCACCGGAGCCAGUUGAGCCAGUUCGGCGUAAAAGAAUGGACAGGGAGCUAAGGAGAGCUGUGUUUGAUCGUGACUCUUCGUUUCAUCAACUCAACGACGAGCGGGACUCGCUCUAUUCCACACCUUCGGAGCCGAACCUGCGGGCGAGGCACAACAUCGGCGUGGAUGAUGGCCUUGUUGGAUCGGGACUUGUGAGUCCGAGAAAGCCUAGUGGGUUAGCAAGAAGUAUGAGCGGCACAGGGACGUAUGACCAUGACGGGAGACAGGGAGGGUUGAGUUUGAGGAAACCGGGUACCUCUUCCAGGGCUCCUAGUGUUGCGCCUUCGUAUUACCACCCUGCCUUGGAAAGCGAUCAGUACACGGAGGUCCACGUCCUCAUCCUGACUUGGGCCUUCCAUGACCUUAAGGUUACCGACAGCGAUUCACACCCGUACUUGUUUGGCCCUGGCAGCGAAUUUGUCUCUCUUGAAGAGGAAACGCGACGACUCCGGGACACCUUCGAGUCCUACGGGUAUUUCGUUGACGACUGGGACAUUCCCAUGCGAGAUCCACUGAAAACUAUGUUGACCAAAUUGAAGCAGUUUGGCAAAUAUGCCAGAGACGACAGGCUUCUGAUUGUGUAUUACCAUGGGCAUGGAAGCUUGGACGAGAGAAGCGAGUUGGUCUUUAGCAGUCAUGAGCACCCAACGGAUCCGCAAUGGGCGCAAACAGCUGCGGCGGAGCUUUAUGCUGCCAUCUUAAGCCAGGAUGCUUGUCCCCAUCAUGGGAAGCCUACGACGCCGUAUCAUGAGUUGAUGAAGAAGUAUGAGCGCUACCGCCCGAUCUCCAAAGUGAAAUGGUCCGAUAUCCGAUCUGCCAUUCUCGGUAUCAACUCUGAUCUCUUGCUCAUCCUGGACUGUUGCGCUGCCGGCGGCGCCAAUCUCGACAUGGAACACUCUGACGCCACCGACACUUACCAUACCGAAGGACCCAGCGGCAAAAUCUACACCAAACACCUCCUUGCAGCCUGCGGUUUCGAGUCCAGUACCAGUGACGACAUGACCAGCGCUAUGUGCGAUGUUCUUGACGAGUGGCCAGGCCCGGACGGUGGUGGAUUGGAAAGCAGUGGGAUGUUGGUAUCGACGCACGGUGGGGGACCAGGUGGACAUGGAGGGUACGCGGGCAAGUGGCUUACGACACGGAAACUCCACCAGAUCGUCGAAUCGAAACUCCAACGCGAUGCGGCAAUGACAGCAGUAGGCCUCAGAAGCGCCAGCCAACCGAUCUUCAAGCAAUUGCUACCCGUCGACUUGCCAGAGCGGUACAUCACCCUGCCGAACUUGCAAGGGAAACAGCAAAGCUCGAGUCGAAACCAGAGCCGUGGCCGGCACCAGUCUUCCCAUCACAGCAGCCAGACAGCGAGCACCACGGACGGCGGCGAUACGAUCGUUGGCGGCAGCGCCAUGAACCCAGGGGUAGAGUACGGAAUCGACGACGCGAUACCUGGGAGCGCAACGCAAGUCGGCUUAGGAACUGCUCGUGCUCGAAGUCGAAGUCGGUUUUCGGCAAGGGAUUUGAGUCAGGGGAGAUUGUCAACACGGGCGGAAAGAGAUCGGGAGAGCGGGUUGCGGGAGAGGGAUGGAAGUGUGCGGGAUAGCGGAAGGGAUCGAGAGGGGAGUAUCAGCACGAUCAGAGAGCGUGACAGGGAUAGGGAGCGGGAGAGAGAUUCUCAUCGGGAUAGGGACAACGAGCGGGAGAGAGAUUCUCAUCGGGAUAGGGACAACGAGCGGGAGGAGAGAGAGGAGGGUUGGGAUGUAGUCAGUAUGCGCGAGGGCUUGAGGGAAAGGAUUGGGAAUGUUAGAGAGAGUGGGAGGGAUAGGGAUCGUGAGAGGGAUAGUUGGGAUCGGUAA